UUCAGCACCGCUAAACGAUGACAAUGCGAAGAGCUGGAGGACGGUAGUCGAUCUGUAUACAUUUGUCAAUUAAAGAAGAAAAGGCUUUAAGUGAGAUUAAGACAUGCACAAAAAUGCUUCAUAAUAUGCAAAGAGGAAUAUCUAGUUUACACUGGAACUGGGUAUUUGCUUCUUUUUGGUCUGAAGGAAACAGCAUACUCUAACGGACCGUGGAUGACAAAGAAAAUGGGAUACCGAGAGUGGAGAUGGCAGUGGUUUUGGUGGCAAUAUUUCUUUCUCUUGUGGAGUACAAUUCAUGGACAGACUCGUUACAGCAUCCCAGAGGAACUAAAACAAGGAUUUGUUGUAGGAAAUCUGGCCAAAGAUCUGGGUUUAGGACUAUCAGAUAUUUUUGACCGUAGACUGCGCGUUGCCUCUGAGGCUGGUAAGCAGUAUUUCACUGUGGAUGCAGGAAAGGGUGAGCUGGUGGUGAAUGACCGAAUAGACAGAGAGGCUCUAUGUGGACAAAGUACCAGUUGUGUUCUUCCUCUUCAGGUUGUUCUUGAAAAUCCACUACAUUUACACCGAAUAGAAAUAGAAAUAAAAGAUAUAAAUGACAAUUCACCCUGGUUUCAUACAAAAGAAAUGUCUUUGAAAAUUGCAGAAACUGCAGCAGUGGGAACUCGUUUUUCUUUAGAGGCAGCAGAGGAUGCAGACGUUGGGAGUAACUCGGUUAAAUCCUACACCUUAACUAAAAAUGAUUGUUUUACUUUAAAAAUGAAAGAAGUUGAGGAUGGAAAAAUUGUUCCGGAAUUAGUUUUAGAGAAGACUCUAGACCGAGAGAGAAAAGCUGUUCAUCGGCUGCUCAUAACUGCUUUAGACGGAGGAAACCCCGUUUUGUCUGGUACCUCACAGAUAACCAUUACUGUUCUUGACGUGAAUGACAAUUUUCCAGUUUUUGACAGAAGUACAUACAAGGUUUCAUUAGGAGAGAAUUCUGCAAAAGAUACUUUCGUUAUCAAAGUGACAGCAACUGAUGCAGAUGAGGGACCUAACGGAGAAGUUGAAUUCUCUUUUGGCUCUCGGACACCGGACACUGUCUCUUCUGUGUUUGAAAUAAAUUCACUAACGGGAGAAGUGUUUUUAAAAGGAACCUUAGAUUAUGAAAAAACAGCAUCCUACAAAAUUGAAGUAACCGCAAAAGACAAGGGCAGUCCUGAAAUGGAGAGUCACUGUCGUGUACAGAUAGAUGUCAUAGAUGUCAAUGAUAACACUCCAGAAAUUAUUCUCACCUCCGAACCACAACCCGUACUUGAAAAUGCACCAAGUGGGACAGUUGUGGCUUUGCUGAGUGCACAUGACGCGGACUCGGGUAAUAAUAGCAAAGUUACGUUAUAUCUUCCCAAAGGAUCCCCUUUCAUUCUGAAACCUUCAUUUUCUAAUAAUUAUGCUCUGAUUACCAGUGGUCUGUUGGACCGUGAGAGGGUCUCUGACUACAAUAUUGACAUAACAGCCACUGAUUCAGGCUCCCCUCCUCUGUCCAGUAAGAAAACUGUACCUGUCAGAAUCAGUGAUGUGAAUGACAACCCACCUGUAUUCACUCAGCCCUCCUAUAAUGUCUAUUUAAAAGAGAAUAGCGCACCAGGCUCUAUAUUAUUUUCAGUUUCAGCAUCUGAUCUGGAUUCUGGUGAAAACGCUAAAAUCUCUUAUUCUAUCCUGGACUCUAAAGUGCAGGACGUGUCAGUUUCAACUUAUGUUUACAUUAACUCAGAUAACGGUAGCAUCUACAGCAUGCACUCCUUUGACUAUGAGAAACUCAAGGUGUUUCAGAUUCAGGUCCAGGCAAAGGAUCAGGGUUCUCCGUCUCUCAGCACCAACGCCACUGUCCAUGUUUUCAUCCUGGACCAGAACGAUAAUGCCCCCGCUGUUAUUUACCCCUCCUCCGCUGCCCUGGGCUCCCUCUCUCAUCAGAGGAUGCCCCGCUCCGCUAAAGCGGGUCACCUGGUCACUAAGGUGACGGCUGUGGACGCGGACUCGGGCCAUAACGCCUGGAUCUCCUACAAACUGGCGGAGGCCACAGACGCCUCUCUGUUCACUGUCAAUCUGUACACAGGGGAGGUGAGGACUAAACGCGCUGUGUCCGAGCAGGACGACUCCUCUCAGAGGCUGCUUAUAGAGAUCAAGGACGAUGGGGAACCGGUCCAGUCCGCCACCGUCACCGUGUCCAUCCUGAUGGAGGACGCUCUCCACGAGCCCAUCUUGGACAUCAGACACAAAGUCACUGAGCCCAGCAAGAAAACUGGGAGAAUCACCCUUUAUUUGAUUCUGUCUCUGGCCUCAGUGUCCGUGCUGUCUCUGGUGACUUUUCUCAUCUUAGCGGUGAAAUGUAUCAGAAACAGCAGAAGCAGCGGUAGCUGCUGCAUGAGACGGACCGACUGUGAUGAUUACAAGAACCCCAACAGGAACCUGCAGAUUCAGCUCAACACUGAUGGACCUAUAAAGUAUGUGGAGGUCCUGGGAGGAGACAUGUUGUCUCAGAGUCAGUCGUUCAGGUCCUGUAUGUCUCCGAUGUCAGAGUACAGUGAUUUCACUCUGAUCAAACCCAGCAGCACCACUGACUUUAAGGAAGUGAUCAGUGUCCUGGAUGCGUCUUUACCCGACAGCACCUGGACCUUUGAGAGUCAACAGGUAAGCUGAAAAUCGCAAUAUCUU